UACUAUAGAGAAUUUAUCUGUCAUGAAAGAUAUGAAAUUUGAAAGCAACUUUCAAAAUUUGAUGUGCUGAUAAAAUCUAGAACGUAUCAAAAAUUGAGUAAUAAUUCUAAUAUUUAUUUUUUACAUCUUUAUUGGACUUUACAUGCUCCAUACUAUCAAGUUACAUAUUGUAAAACUGUACACAAAAUGAUACAGUUGGCAAUCGUCAAUGCUAACAUGUUACAGUCAGAAACAUGAUAUGAUAUGCGAUUAAUUGCAGAUCGAUUGAAAACAAAAUCACGUUGUGUAAAUAUUUUCUAAAAUAAAUGUAACGGCUCAUCGGUGUGCAAAAUGCAGGUAGUGCAUUUUUCCUGGGGUCUCAUUUUGUAUAUAUUAUCAACAUUUCCAGUUAAUGCUGUUGAGUAUAACAUUACAUUGUCCGAUGAUGGUCCUGUAGUAUUAGGUGGAAUUAUUACAUUCAAAGUUGAUUUGUUCAAAGAGAAUGGUAUAAGACCAUCAGGGACUUUCAAAUAUCAGUGGAGAGAUAAUGCGAUACCACCCCAUGAAUAUGAGACAGAAGCAACAUUAAAUACUACAGUGUAUUGGAGUGUAAGUUAUCCACGGGAAACUUACAGUGUUGGACUAUAUGAAGUUGAGGUAAUAGUUAGCGAACAAUAUAUAUAUUGGUGGUUGAAAUGUACCAGUGUACGUAGCAGAUUUUAUGUAACAGAACUUCUUAAUGGUGAUCUUGAAAUUAUACAGCCCAAUAAAACAGAAGGAAAUGAUUAUGUAUCUUCUGCAACAGAAGCAAAUAUAACAAUAAACAUACGUAAAGGAGAUGUUGAUAGUUUACAGAAAGCAACAACAGUAUCCACUUACUGGUUUAUAGAUUGCAAAUAUUAUGGCGAAACAAUCGAUUUCAACUUUCUUUAUAAUUUUACAAAUCCUGAUACAUCAUAUGUUGUAGAAGCACUAGUAAUUGCAUCAUUUGAACCACCAACAACUGUAGCGCCUACAACCACAGUGACAACAAUAAAUUCAACUGUUCCGUUUUCACCAAAUGUGAUAACAUCAAAUACUACUACAGAAGGAGUAGUAUCUACUGCAAUGUUUAGUACUGUUGCAACAGAGAAACCAAUAUUGACAACAAGUCUAUCAUUAUCGCCUAUUGAAAUACCUAGUACAACACGUGUACCAAACAUUAGCAACCCAAAUGUAAAUAUGCCCUUCCCUUUUAUCUGUUCAAAUUCCUCAAUAGUUGCAGCAGAUCCUAAAAAAACUUAUGGGCACUUUAGUAAAAAAUUUAAUGUUCGUGCGCCUAUAAUGAACAUAACAGUGGAAGGUACAAAUUGGAUUCAACCGUGGGACAUGUUAUCUUUGAAUGUAACUUGUAAGGGUUCAGGACCUUUUUAUAAGUGCCUUGACUUUCAUCGAGGAAAAUACAAUAUUACUGGAAACGAAACGUGCAAUAGCGUUGUUCAUCUUAGUUCUUGUAAUUUCUCAAUCAUUCAUUAUUUUUUGGAGCCCAGUGUAUACACAAUACUAAUUAUAAUGAAUAAUGAUGUCAGCAAACAAAUAUAUCCUUUGACAAUAAAUAUUUAUAAAGUGACAACAAAACCGCAAUUGUCAGUAAUUGUUGUGCCAGUUUCUUGUUCACUCGCGGCUGUAGUGUUGAUUGUUUUUGGCAUUGCAUAUUAUAUCCAAAGCAGAGCAAGAUUCACAGUGGAAGUGGCAGACUUUGAUUUUGGUCAAAGUAAUCCAGAGAUGGAAUAUAAAACGUUUACAGAACGGUUACGAGAUUCAUUCAAUAACACCAUAAGACCAGGAAGCAAACGGAUAAGUGUACGCCGCCUCUAUUAUGGCAGCAUGAAUCACUAACAAGGCUAUAAACAUCUAAAUAAUCCAGAACCUCUUCAAUGAUUUCCAAAACCGAAAAGAAUAAAAUUAUUGAAUAAACAAUUUAAAAAUCUUGAAAGAAGUAAAGUGACACUAAGGCAGGAACUGAACAAACUGAAUUGCAAAAUGAUUCACAAAGACGUAAUCUACAGUAUUUUUAGGUAUCAAAUAAUUUAAUCUGAAAAUUGUGGUCAUAUAACUUAUUGUAUGGUCAUUCCAAACCUUUGAUGAAUGAAACAAGAAUGUAUAUAGAAAGAAGUAAAUAUUGUAUAUAUGUAGGCUGUGAACAUAGUGUGCAACGGAAUAUUAAUGUCACUCUUGACAUUUCAUGAAUGUGAAAAUCGGAUGUUAUUUUACAAUUUUUAUUUAAAAAAUUUGCGAAAUUUUACAAGAUAUUUAUUACGUAUUUUUAAUCUAUGCAAUUGUUUUUGAUUGGAUUUAAGAGUCAGUUGAGUCUUGUGUUAGAAAAUAAGUGUCUGUAUGCGUAUAUAGAUUAUUAAUAUAAAAAAUUUGGUAAUAUAAAAAAGUACGUAAAUGUAUGAAUAAUGCAAUAACUGAACUCUUCAAUAUGUAUAUACUUUCCAUACGCACACAUGCGCAUGCGCAUAUGGUGCGCGCGUUAACACAAACACGUUAAGGUAUAUAGUGUUACAUUUAUUCAAAAUAUAUUUAAUAUAAAUUA